UAGCAUUACUUCCUCACGACCACCACGUAUCCCGGUCCUCUCCAUCGCUCGCACUACCUUAGGCUUCGGCUUUCGCGGUUCCAAUGAACGCAGCACGACAGGCCUGUCGCCCUAAACACCAGGUGCUGGUCCUCAAGUGUUAUCCCAAAUUCCAGAAGAACAAUGUCGAGGUCAAGGCCAACUCUUCCGAGCUGAGCUACCUGCUCUACUAUGCGAGCACGCGACGCAGCAAGUUGCAGAAGGUCGGCGAUUUCCUGGACAAGCGCACGACCGCCGAUGUCUGGAAGGGUCGCAUAGGCAACGUACAGGUUACCCUCGAGAUCCUCAAGUCGCUCAUCGAAAAAUGCCCCCGUGACCUCCCUCUUUACGCCGGCGCUGUUUUGCGCAUCCUCAGUACAAUUCUCAAGUCCAACGAUGUGACAAUGGUAGAGGAAUCCGUGCCAACCUUCGAGACCCUUUGCGCGCACCAAGACCCUGCCAACCUCGCCGCAGAUCAGGAUUACAUCGCGCAGUAUGAAGAAAUUGUACAACUCUAUGCUCAAUUCGCGUCGAAGGAGGGACUCAAGAACCCGAAAGCACCCAUUAGCUGGCCUGUUGCCAUCAGAUUCCGCAAAGCGGGACUUCAGGCGCUGAAGGCUGUCGCUUCUUCGGAAUCUCUCGGAUCGGAGACCGGACGCCAGUUGGCUGUAAUCAUACCUGUCAUACUGUUCAACAUUCACUCGGAGGAUGGCGAGCACCUAAAGCGACUCGAAUAUCGCGAGCACGACAAGGAGGAGCACGACAAAGAAACAGCGUUAAGGCGGCGACAAAGCGUUUCGACAGUGCGGACAAAUGAAGAAGGGGAGGGAGACCCCGUCGCCGCCUCCGGGACAACGGAAGAUGCCGACAAACUUGCUGAAGAGGAGGUUGGUGUUGUUGCGCUCCAGGCGCUCAGGAGCAUCUUCAUGGGCGUCAACCGCGGACAGCUUCGAUUGGCGACUUCUGCAGUACUUCAGUUCAUUGGAAGCAAUGUAAAGCAAUUGCAGUUCGACAGCUACGGACGAGCGAAUGGAAACUGGUCGACCACACUCCUGGCCUUGAUAUGCGGUUGGGCACCAGUUCAAGACCGUUACGCCAUACUCGUGAGCGCCAUGGAGACGCUGGUGCGUAGCCCUAUCGUCGAGGACGACUUGGGGAGGCAAUUGGUCCUUGCGGGCAUAAUCGAGUAUCUUUUGAGCUCGACUAUUAAUUUCAUUGGACUGAGUAUUAUGGAUGUGCUAUUGGGCAUCAUUUCUCACGCAUUACUACUCCUUCAACUUGGGGGUACCGGAACCUCAAUCAUGCCCCAUCAUCAACAGACGAAUCCAGUCAACUCGGCCAGUGAUCUUCAAGAUAAGGGAUCUGAGAAGUCGGAGGGUGUCGUCAUUGAGCCCGUAAAGGAGCCGUCGCAGACCCGAGUGCAACUACUUGACACUUUGAAGACGUGCAUGGCGAGCUUGGCUACACAUGUCUACUACACAGAUCAGAUAUCUGACAUGGUGGCUGCUGUUAUGAGACGACUGAAGCCAUCGCCGCUAUCGGGAGUAUCGACCGUCGACACGAUUGAGGAUCCUGCUGGUGCUAUCAACGCUGUCGCGAGUUCCGCCAGCCUACAGGAGAAGCCCGCACACGUGGAUAGGUUCUUCUCAUUUGAGACGGCACGUCUAUUGGCUUUAGAUGCGGUCAAGAAUAUUAUUACCACGGCAAACACUCGUCGCCCAGACGGCUCAUCUGCUUCCGUAUCUCGAAGCUCAGUGGGUGUUGGGGUUUGGGAGGGCACGCAAUGGCUCCUACGCGAUCCAAGUGGCAGAGUGAGGAAGGCUUAUGUUGACGCCUUAAUCACCUGGCUCAAUUUAGAGAAGAAGAAGGAAGACCUAAAGCUCGUUGAAGACUAUCGGAAAAAGGAGAAGGAAAACGACAAGAAUGGGCUGGCCCGAAGAGCAGUCUCGAAUGCUUCUCACAGAGAAAAGCCUUCGAAGCGAGGAAAGAACACAUUCUUACCCCUACUGCAUCUUGCUGUCUACGAAAACGCUCUUCAGUUUACCGAGUCUGAACCCGACUAUCUUCUGCUUCACCUACUUUUGACGACUCUCAUCAAUAAGCUUGGCUUGAACGCAGUACGAAGUGGUUUGCCGAUGAUACUACGGUUACAAGAAGAUAUUGCCACCGUUGAUAACCCCGGCGCGAAGGUCAGGAUUGGUAGUCUGGUCCAUGGCUACCUAUGGGCCCUCAGCAUGGCUCUAGACUUCGAGACCUCAUCAGUUGGAAGGGCUCUACACCAUGAGAUUUCUAGGAGAAAUGAGAAGGGGCUAUGGGUCAGCAACAUUCGUGUGCCGCCCCUACCAUUAAGCAGAAUCGAUACACCCCACCCAGACUCAUUCCGGAUCCCAUCAGACGUUGUCCAAACCGAGGCGCUCAAGCCAUUUGACAACCGUGACGCGCUUGUCGACAAUAUCGCCGAAGGCUAUUCGUCCUCUCUUCACUCUCCACCAACAAGUCCACCAGGAUCUCCUGGCCGUUCAUUGUCCAUAACUACACCAAUCAUCCGCACCCAAACCUUCAGCGCGCCACCGCAACUUUCCUAUAAGGUCAAAGACGAGCUCCUGGCCGACUGGACCCGGGACAGCUGCAUCGUGAACAACACGAAGGACUCCACCACCGCCUCUAUGACCGGAUCGCGUACGAAUGCUUCCACUCAUCGCAAGAAUAACUACCUCGGCGUUUAUAUCCCCAACGGCACGCUCGACAGUGCGGGCAACUCGCCUGCUCCUUCUCCCCGUCGCGCCACGAGCCGGCCCCCUUCAACAGCUUAUGGACUCGUUGGCCGGGUUGCAUCGCCUCAUCGUAACCAGAGUCCUUCACGCUCUCCUGGCAGCACAUCCUCACUCCAGUCUGCAGUUCGCGUGGACGAUCUCAAGCGCGUGCUUACCGGCACGGCCCCAAGAACAUCCUACUCGAUCCGUGGCCCAAGCCGACACCGUCGAACUGCGUCCUCUCCCAAUUCCGAGUCAUCUGCUUCCGAAUCCAUGGUCAGUGUACAUAGUCUGUCCGACUCGUCCUUCAUCACCACAGAUCAUAGCCAGGCUCAGCGUGGCCAGGAGAAUUCACAGAGAGUUGCCUCACCCACGACACCUGCGGCCACCCUCACUCCUCGACCUGGUACGGCGCAAAGCCACGGAAACCGACCUACUUCACCUUCUAGCCCACCUUCGCCAUCUACACACGCUUCACGUGAACACGAGCGUGCAUUCUCCGGGACCGUCCCUCCUGUGCCCCCAAUCCCCGACUCUCUUCGUGACCUUUCCGGUUCCCCUCCGAAUGGUGGCAAAGAUGGCGUUCGACCAAAGACCGCGCCUUCCAAUGGUCAUACCAAUGGAAACGGCAGCGUCGCCGGUCGCAAGGGGAGAAGCAACAGCAUCAAUCGUUCUUCUGGAGCAGCACGUAGCCUGAACCAUCGUAGCAUAUCAAGGGGACGAGGCACUGAUGCCGACAAGCUUGGAAAGAAAGUCAAGAAGCCUGACUUUACAGGCUUCCUGGCGAGCAUCGAACUCGAUGACGAUGACGACGACCUGAAGGGCGUAGGAAAUGCACCAUACUGAUCGGUCAGCUGGAAGGACAACGGACCAGCGGCAAACAAUCUUGGAUAUUCACGAGACGUCUUAUUUGCGAGAU